CUGUGAUUGGUGCAAGUGUGGUGGCCUGCCUUUAAUGCUCGUUCAAAACGGCUAAAUGUCUUGUUUUAUGGAUAAUUUGCCGUGGCUUGUGCUGAUAUAGUUCACGUGAUAUUGAAUUAUAAGUAACUGACUGAUAGUUGAAGCAUUUUGGGGUGUAUAGAGACUAUGUCAAACAUGUUUUUUUCCUCUAAACCUAAAAUAUACAAUACAGAUCUGGCCUGUUUGUUAUGUCUUCACAUGUAAUUUAUUGGACAUCUGUGCGUAAUAAUAAGUGAUGGGUAUUUAGGGCCUGGAUACCAUUUAAGCAGCAGUUUGUGGUGCUGAAUAUACUUUGGUCAUGCAGCAUUUGGGAUGAAGUGUCUUCUCAAAGGCAUCCGUUAGGUGGCAGUAUGUUACCAUAUUAGACAAAUUCAUGUCUCGGCAGAGGAUGAGUCCACCCUCUUUCAUAUCCAGUCUGGUUAGAGCGCAUUCACUCCUCACUUGGGAUAAGCGCGCAUGUGUAAUUUGGUGUUGGUUUGCAAGAAAAAGGCUUUAAUUUUCCGAUUGGUUUCAAAAGGAAGUACUUUUGCAGUCUACGAUGGAGUAAAUAAUCUAGACAAGCCGAGGAUUUAUUCACAUGUUUUGGAUUCCCACCGUGGUCCCGUACGAUGGAACAAAGAAGACAGGGUGCGAGCUGGCGACACCGGCCGUGUGUGCUCGGCGUAAUGGCUUGGUUUUUAUUUCUCAGCGCCGCUUACGCACAGCUGAGAUAUUCCAUCUCCGAGGAGCUCAAAGAGGGCACUUUCGUCGGGAACGUUGCAAAGGAUUUAGGAAUAGAUCCGUCUUCUAUCAAGCAGAGGAGGUUCCGCAUCAUGUCCGGCUCGAAUGAGCAUCUCUUUAAGGUGAACGAGAACGAGGGGACUCUUUACGCAAACCGUCAAAUUGACCGAGAGGAGGUGUGUAAGGAAAGUAAUGCAUGCCUGAUUCAUCUUAAAACUGUCCUUGACAACCCGCUGGAGGUGCAUUAUGUCACGGUGGAUGUGUUGGAUUUAAACGACCACUCCCCCACCUUUCCAGAUAAAACAAAACGACUGGAAAUAUUCGAGUCUACUCUGCCGGGUACAAAAUUCCAACUGCAAAAUGCGCACGACCCGGAUAGCGGUUCUAACGCCGUGCAGCAGUACAAAAUAAGCCAGAAUGAUCAUUUCCGGCUGGAGGUGAAAGACCGAGGUCGAGAUGGCAAAACGCCAAUUUUGCAGCUGCAGAAGCAGCUGGACAGAGAGAACAAACGCAGCCACAAAUUGGUGUUGACAGCCGUGGAUGGCGGCCACCCGCCUAAAACGGGCUCUGUUGAAAUCCACGUCGAGGUUCUGGACGUGAAUGACAACAUGCCGGUGUUCACCAAAGAGACGUACUCUGUGACGCUGCAAGAGAACGCCCCGCUGCGCACGACCGUCAUCCAAGUCAACGCGACGGACUCCGACGAAGGCUCUAACGGGGAGGUCGUUUAUUCGUUCGGAAGUGACGUCAAGGAUAAAAUUAAGCAAUUAUUCCACAUCGAUCCUGUCACCGGGGAGAUUAUUGUAAAAGGCAAUGUUGACUUUGAGGACCAGGACAGCUAUGAUAUUGACAUCCAGGCGUCCGACAAGGGAAGUAUUCCUUUCAAAACGGAUAAAAGUGUCAUUAUUAAAAUUAUAGACGUGAAUGAUAAUUAUCCGGAGAUAGAAGUGACGUCACUGUCCAGUGCUAUUUCUGAGGACUCCCGACCAGGGACCACAGUCGCUCUGAUCAGUGUUACUGAUUUAGAUGCUGACUUGAAUGGGAAAAUAACUAGCUAUGUUACUGAAGACUCUCCCUUUAUGUUGACUGCGUCCAUGCAGGAUAACAUGUUUGCUGUUGUCACCAAGUCACGGCUUGAUAGGGAACAACAAUCUGUGUAUGAUGUAACAAUAGUUGCUAAAGACUCCGGCGAGCCUGCCCUGACAUCAGAAAAGACCAUUACUGUGUUUAUAGCUGAUACAAAUGAUAACAAUCCAGAGUUUUUAUUGAGCCCUUAUACUUUCUACAUUCUCGAGAAUAAUCAACCAGGAGCAUCUGUCUUUUCCGUAAAGGCAUCUGAUCGAGAUGAAGGAGAGAACAUGAUCAUUUCAUAUCACAUUUUUAGGAACGUGGCUAUAGACAACAGAGACACUUCGUUUCUCAACAUAAAUUCCGAAACCGGUGAUAUUAUUGCUUUAAAAAGUUUUGACUUUGAGACGCUGAAAAGUUUCCAGUUCCAAGUCGUGGCCACGGACGGUGGAAGUCCUCCACUGAGCAGCAACGUGACAGUGAAGGUGUUCAUUCUGGAUCAGAACGACAACGCUCCAGUCAUCCUGUAUCCAGUCAGCUCCAACGGUUCUGCUGAAGGUGUGGAGGAGAUUCCCCGCAAUAUGAAAGCAGGAGACUUGGUGACUAAAGUCCGAGCCUAUGAUGCUGAUAUAGGAUAUAACGGCUGGUUACUGUUUUCACUGCAGCAAGUCACUGCCCACAGUCUCUUUACUUUGGACCGCUAUACGGGCCAGAUCAGAACACUUCGCUCCUUCACAGAGACGGACGAGGCUGAGCAUGGACUGCUCAUACUGGUCAAAGACAACGGCAACGUUUCCCUGUCAGCAACAGCUACUGUGACUGUCAAACUUGUGGAGCCCAAAGAGGCUUUUGCAGCUUCUGAUGUCAAACGUGCAGCAGCAAAAGUGGAGGAGGAGGACCACAAUGUGACUUUUUACCUCAUCAUCACUUUGGGCUCGGUCUCGCUGCUUUUUGUCAUCAGCAUCAUCGUGCUGAUCGCCAUGCAGUGCUCCAAAUCCACAGAGUACACUUCCAAAUAUCUCCAAGACGCUAAUUAUGAUGGGACACUGUGUCACAGCAUCCAGUACAGAUCAGGAGACAAACGCUACAUGCUAGUUGGACCCAGAAUGAGUAUAGGUUCUACUAUAGUCCCGGGCAGCCACGCCAACACUCUGGUGCUCCCUGACAGGAGACACACUUCUUCUGGGGAGGUAAGACACACAUUUUGUGUAUUUUGUAUAACGUCAUUAAAUAAUUCACCCAUAUCAUAACAUGACAUAUUUGGUGAUCUUUAAUAUCAG